AUGUCGUCCUCAAAUAAACCACAUUACGAGGCAGAUCCCGAUGAAGUGAAAUACGAAAAGGAAAAUAACCGCUGGACGUUUAACCCUAGGGGCUUUAGCAUCAUAUGGGGUAAAGACAAACGCUACUGGAACUUGCCUGAAGAGAACCACCCGGAAAAACCAGCAGAGCUGGUACAAGUGAGUUGGCUUGAACUAACAGGUAAAACAAAGGAAGCCCUACCAGUAGGGAAGUACGAAAUUAAAUUUGAAGUAUCACUGGAACAAGGUGCAUUCGGUUGGAAUAACUGUCCUGUUUUCAUGAUGGCUAAGAUAGGGAAGACGGGAAAAUACAAAUGGAUCAAAAUCAACAUAGCAGAUCUAGGCCCAGAUAAGAAAUUAGUUCCCCCAGACUUUCAGAUUGAAGUUGAUAGAGGAUCAGAAGAUAGAAAGCUCUAUUUUGGUUUGUAUGAAGUGUGGAGUGGGAAAUGGAAGGGAGGUUUGCGGAUUCACAAGGCCACAGUUCAAAAAGUAUCUUAA